CGCCUUCCGCCCCGCCUCUCCAGGCAGGAAGUGCCGGCGCCGCCACUGUCCGGCCGCGGCCCAGCGCUCUUCGCCGUCGCUCGUCGUCUCGCGCAGGACGGUCCCCGUUCUGGUGUUUGGCGCCCGAAUUAAACAGCCACCAUGUCGAGCAAAAAGGCAAAGACCAAGACCACCAAGAAGCGCCCUCAGCGCGCAACAUCCAAUGUGUUUGCCAUGUUUGACCAGUCACAGAUUCAGGAGUUCAAAGAGGCCUUCAACAUGAUUGAUCAGAACAGAGAUGGCUUCAUUGACAAGGAAGAUUUGCAUGAUAUGCUUGCUUCUCUGGGGAAGAAUCCCACUGACGCAUACCUUGACGCCAUGAUGAAUGAGGCUCCAGGCCCCAUCAAUUUCACCAUGUUCCUCACCAUGUUUGGUGAGAAGUUAAAUGGCACAGAUCCUGAAGAUGUCAUCAGAAAUGCUUUUGCUUGUUUUGAUGAAGAAGCAACAGGCACCAUUCAGGAAGAUUACCUGAGAGAGCUGCUGACAACCAUGGGAGAUCGGUUUACAGAUGAGGAAGUGGAUGAGCUGUACAGAGAAGCCCCCAUUGACAAAAAGGGGAAUUUCAAUUACAUCGAGUUCACGCGCAUCCUUAAACAUGGAGCAAAAGACAAAGAUGACUGAAAGAACUCUAGCUGGAACCUUCCAAUUACAUUGUCUUACUCUUUUAUUUCUCAGAUGCUUCGCCCGCCCUCAUAGAACCUGUUGCAUGCAACUUAGUUUCACAGCUUUGCCUUUUUCUUUUUUUGAUGUAUUUAUUCCAGAUCUUUCUGCCACUUAGCACUUGUAUAAUCAGACUGGAAAUGGGGAUGGGGUUGUAAAUUGUAUUGAAAAAGAGAUUGAGAAUAAAAAUCAACAAAUGUGAAAGCCCAGGAAAAUACAUCCAUAUUUCUGGUUUUGCUGGAUUUUUACAUUUUUAUAUAAUAAAAAUGCUAUUUUGAAAUAAAGAUUAUGCUGACUCAAA